AUGAGAGCUUCAACAACAACCACAUUGAGGAUAUUGCGACGCCUCACGUCUCUCAGCCGCCAUCCAACCCAAACAAUCUCUUGCGCACAACUGCCCCUCCCCUCGUUCUUCCGCAAAAUGUCCUCUUCUCCCCCCCCCCUCCGCCCAAACGACGCCCGGCACUACCCUCCUCCGCCAGCCCGUAACCCUAGCCUGCAUCCAACUCCCCUCCACAUCCACCAAAUCCGACAACCUCUCCCACGCCGCCACCGCCGUCUCCUCGGCCGUCAAAUCCACCUCGGCCAAAAUCGUCGUCCUCCCCGAAUGCUUCAACUCCCCCUACGGCACCGACCACUUUCCCUCCUACGCCGAGCCCCUCCCCGCCGACCCCUCCAACCCCUCCCCCGACCUCAACCCAUCCUUCCUCGCCCUCCAAAACAUCGCCCGCGACAACAAAGUCUACCUCAUCGGCGGCUCCAUCCCCGAGCUUGUCGUUGA